ACCAGGACCAACCUCGAGAUCGAUAUCGACAUGCAGCAGUUUAGAUGGUCUCGUGACAUCUCAUCAUGACCCCGGCCCCGAUGAAUGCCCUAGAUUCACCAAGCACUUACCACCAUGGGCUCCCGUCUAGACAAGAAUGCUGAGUCGGUUCGCAAGCGCAUUGCCAGCCAUCGCUUUGACGGCGAAGAUGGCGAAGAAUACGGAGGCUCGGCGUUUGGAGGAUUUACCGACUACUUUAGGCGAAAGAAGAUCAAACUGCAGAACCUGGAUGCCGAUAUUCGAUCUCAGGCAGGAGAUAAACCGCAGAUCUUCAAGGGAAUCGUCGCACACGUAAACGGCUAUACUCAACCCUCGCUUAAUGAUCUACAUACACUCAUAGUGCAGCAUGGCGGAGGCUUCAUGCAAUACUUGGACGGAAAGACUACUGUAACACACAUUAUAGCCAGCAGUCUCACACUGAAGAAGGCUGUCGAAUUCAGAAGAUAUCGCAUUGUAAAGCCGGCGUGGGUGGUGGAUAGCAUAAGAGCUGGCAAACUGCUGCCAUGGAAUGAGUACCGCGUAGUGGAUGAGGGCGAAAAACAAAAUGUAUUGGCAUUCGAUGGGGGUAAUAUCACCACACAUUCAAACAUUAAGAAGAGGGGGUAUCGAGACCAGACAGACACCAGCUGGUACACGAGCCAGCUGCAAGGUAGUCAAUUUGGGCCAUCUAGUACACCGACACCCUCCAGUCCUAGGCGCCCGCGUUUCUCAAAAUCAAAGCAACAACACUCGACGCCUAACGAUGACAUAGAAGAUCUUCCACCUUCCUGUCAACCUCAAGGUCUACUUAACCCGCCCGGUCCAGGACAGUCAAGUAAGGCUGCAAAGCUGAUUACGCCGCCCAAAACGAGCCCUGCGCUACUACCUGUUGACCCUGAAGAUAUACAGAGUGAUUUGCACAACAGCCUCUACGCAGAGCCCAGCCCUCCCAGGGCUCUACACUCGCCGCUCAACGGCCAAGUCGAGGAAAGGGCAAAAGGGAUCGUGUCUGAACUUGAUCCUCUGGCGCCUAAAAGUAGGCCACUUACUGCUGAAGAGCACAAUGCAAUCCUUCUCCGUGACCCAAAGAUUCGGCGGUCCACUGUUGUGGAUCCAAAUUUUCUUGAGCAGUAUUACAGAGAGUCGCGCUUACACCAUUUGUCUACUUGGAAGGCUGAUCUCAAGUCGCAACUGCAGGCCCUUGCAAAUGAAAGCACAUCCUCCCAGAGAGCUAAGCAGAAGCGUGUGCCUGGUGUUCGGCGAUACAUCUUACAUGUUGAUUUCGACAGUUUCUUCGCUGCAGUCAGUUUAAAGAAACACCCGGAAUUUAAAGACAAGCCGGCCGUCGUUGCCCACGGACAAGGCAGUGCUUCGGAAAUCGCAAGUUGCAACUACCCUGCUCGCACAUUCGGUAUCAAAAACGGAAUGUGGAUGAAGCGAGCACAAGAACUCUGUCCGGACCUCAAGAUCUUGCCUUACAAUUUUCCGGCUUAUGAAGAGACGAGUCGUACAUUCUAUGACACUAUCCUCGCCACUGGAGGCAUUGUCCAAAGUGUCAGUAUUGAUGAGGCCCUCAUUGAUGUCUCAAAUCUGUGCAUAGCCGUUGGUGGCAGCGAUGGCAAAAGUCACUCGGAAGAUAGUAUUUACCGUGAGCAGGCGAAGGCCGAUGAAAUUGCACUAAAUUUGCGAGAUGAAGUGAGAUCCAGGACGGGAUGUAAUGUUUCGGUCGGUAUCGGUAGCAACAUUCUACUCGCCAAGCUGGCUUUACGCAAAGCAAAACCCGCUGGCCAACAUCAGAUUAAGCCCGAAGAAGUGCUCGGCUUCAUUGGCCAACUCCAAGUGCAGGACCUACCCGGUGUUGCCGGAUCAAUUGGCGGUAAACUGGAGGGUAUUGGAGUCAAACUUGUCAAGGAUGUUCGUAAGCUCAACAAGGAGAGACUCAUUCAAAUACUUGGGCCUAAAACCGGCGAGAAGCUAUACGAAUACUCUAAAGGUAUCGACCAUCAAGAAGUCGGUGAACAAGUUAUUCGCAAAUCUGUGUCCGCGGAGGUGAAUUGGGGUGUUCGAUUUGAAAAUCAAGAGCAAGCUGAUGAGUUCAUUGCCAGCCUGUGUGGGGAGCUCCAGAAACGACUCCUGAAAGAGAGGGUAAAAGGCAAACAAUUCACCAUGAAGGUUAUGCGACGCUCACCAGAUGCACCUCUAGAUCCACCAAAGCAUCUUGGGCAUGGCAAGUGUGAUACGCACAGCAAGAGUCUUCUACUCGGCGUCGCGACCAACGCAAAGGAAGUCCUGACAAAGGAAGCCUUGGCUGUGCUACGUGGCUUCGGAUUUACUCCCGGAGAGCUUCGUGGCAUCGGAAUACAGAUGACAAAGCUUGAGCUCAUGAAAUCGGCUACGGAUGGAAGUGUUGAGGGCUCACAACCAAAGUUACAAUUCAAAGUCAAGAAUGCAGAGUCAGCGCGGGCAGCGCGGGUACUACAGGUGGUUGAAGAUGAUCCGAUUCAAGAUGACCCAGAGACUCCACGAAAAUCCAAGAUAUCAUCAGGAGAUGAGCAUGUUGUGUUUGGCGCCGAGCAGCUUGAUGCCUCGACGCCUUCUCGACGUCCACUCAAUACUCUGGGCACACAAUUCAUCAUGCCUUCGCAAGUCGACCCUAAGGUACUCGAUGAGCUGCCGGAGGAUAUACGAACCAAGCUCUUGCGCCAAGCUCGACAAUCGUCCCCUACGCCUGCAAACAAUGCGUUAGCAUACGAUACGCCAAGCAUACCCUCGAAAGCCCUACCUCUCGCUUUGACAGCGCUUCCUAACCAGUCCCAGCUUGACCCAGAAAUUCUCGCUGCUUUACCUGCAGAAGUCCGUGCCGAGGUUCUUGCUCAGUAUGUCGACAGUGAAAUAUCCUUUUCUCCUUCGCGGAGUUCAAGAGGACCUGAUCAAACUAUUUUACCUCAGUCACCUCGCAAAAACAGGAUCAUCGGAAUUCCAGCGAACAAGCCUAUUGUGCCAGCAAAACGAGGGAGAGGUCGUCCGCCAAGAUCAGCGAUGUUGGCCGCAGCUGCACAGGCAAAAGCCAUUGACAAAACUGGCAAGAUGCUCACCCAAGCCAACUUUAUAUCUCUCAAGAAUCCAGCCCGAGAAAGCCUAAGUAGAGAGGGUUCAGCUGGUUUGAGCGACAACGCUUUUGAAGCACCUACCAUCACCAAACACAACGAAUAUGACGAUCUUGAUCCUGAUUUCCUUGCUGCGCUCCCCGAAGACAUGCGUAAAGAAGUCAUUGAUCAGCACAACGCAGCAAAACUAAACGCAUUCCGCUUCGUGAUGUCCAAGAAAACCAAAGCCCCAUCAGCCCCCAAACAGCCUAGACCAGCCCCGAAAAUCAAAGUCCCACGUCCCUCGACAGCAACUUUUACCACACAGAAGCUCUCCACUGAACCAGAUCUCCGCAGUGCAAUGAGACUCUGGAUCAGCGAAUUCGACGAGGAGGGGCCCUACGAGGAAGACAUCACAGCAUUGAUCAAGUACCUUAAGAAAGUCGUGCUAGAAGAGCGCGAUAUGAACAAAGCAGUCGGUCUCGUCAAAUGGGUCGGUUACAUUAUCAGUGAUAAGAUGGAGACUAAUGAGGCUUUCGCACGCGAGUCGUGGAGGAAGUGUCUCGCUACGAUUAAAGAUGGUGUGAGGAGAGUUUGUAAGGACAAGGGGUUGGGAAGGGUGUGUUUUGAGUAGUUAUGUGAUAUGAGCUUCCUCUUUGAUGACUUUAUGCUUUGGAGUAGUAUAGACGGAAGGGGUAGUUAAUAGUAAUGCUUUAUUAGUCAUAUCACGUAUUUUGAACAUGUGACUGAUCUUUUUCGUGCC